AAGAGCGGCCGGCGAGCCGGGCGCGGGGCCAUGCGCGGCCGCCUGUGGCUGGGCCUGGCGUGGCUGCUGCUGGCACGGCCGCCCGGCGCCGCGGGGACCCCGGGCAGUCCGCGGAGACCGCGCAGCUACCCACACCUAGAGGGCGACGUGCGCUGGCGGCGCCUCUUCUCCUCCACCCACUUCUUCCUGCGCGUGGACCCCAGCGGCCGCGUGCAGGGCACCCGCUGGCGCCACGGCGCCGACAGCAUCAUUGAGAUCCGCUCCAUCCGCGUGGGCGUUGUGGCCCUCAAGGCUGUGCACACCGGCUUCUAUGUGGCCAUGAACCGCAGGGGCCACCUCUACGGGUCGCGGGUCUACACUGCCCACUGCAGGUUCCAGGAGCGCAUCGAGGAGAACGGCUACAACACCUACGCCUCGCUCCGCUGGCGUCACCGUGGUCGGCCCAUGUUCCUGGCGCUGGAUGGGCAGGGGGCCCCGCGGCGUGGUGGCCGGACACAGCGGCACCACCUGUCCACCCACUUCCUGCCUGUCCUGGUCUCCUGAGGUCCCUACGUCCGCAGGAUGCCUGAGCUGCAUGGCCAGGGGCCGGGGGCCGGCGAGGCCCAGGCCGUGGCCGAGCUCGUCUGGUCACUCCUCCUCUCCCCAAGCAUUCAUGGAGUGUCUGCUGUGUGCCGGGCUGGGGGCACUGCAGGACCCCCACAGACGCGGCCUGACCCCCAGGGAGUUCCUGAGUCGGAGGGGAGGUGGACACUGAGCUGAACAGAGGCCACAGGUGUCCAGUCACAAGCUGGGCCAGCACAGAGGCCCCAGAAAGGCCCCACCCAGGCUGGACCCUGAAGGACAUGGCUGUGCGGUCACCAGAAGGGCUGGGACGCAGCCUAGGCAAAGGCUCUGAGGCGGGAGCCCACUGGGGUGUUGACGCAGGGAGGAGGUGGGAGAGGCUGGGGCAGAGCGAGGUUUGAGGGACAGGGGAGGGCGACAUGUACAUACCACAGGGUGACAGGUCCCCGUUUUUGUCCCGGGAGCUUGGAUGUGUCCCCUCACGCGGCAGAGGGGAUCUUGUCAAGGCCCCGAGAUGGGGGUGACCCUGGGCUCCCAUGGGGCCCGGCGUCCUCACGAGGUCCUCACGAGAGGGAGGCAGAGGGCAGGAGCCCCAGAGACGGGCAGACCCCGCGCUGCUGGUGGUGAGGAUGGAAGGGGGGCCGCGGGUCAGGAAGAGGCAGGAGCCGGGUCUCCCUGGGGUCCUGGAGGUGGAGGGGACACCAGCCCUCCAGUCUAUAUUUCUGAGCCCAGAACUGUCAGAAAAUCAGGGAGUAGUGGUCAUAGCGGCCGUGGAGCAAACACACAAGUGCGGGCGCACACACACGCACACAGGGUCUGAAACUGCUCGAACGGCACCCGUGGUCAGAGCUCCUCCACUCCCGUGGGUCGGGCAGGGCUGGGAGUGGGAGUGGCUGCCAUAUGCAGGCCACGGCGGCUCUGUGCCAGCAUCCUCCAGGGGCUCGGGGGCCCUGGGGCGGCCAUGCCUGCUGCCCUCCCAGCACCCGAGCCCUCACCCCCAGGCUGAGCCCCCGCAGAAGGAAAAGCGGUGGAGGGAAGAGCCUAGGCUCAAAUCCCAGUUCUACAGCCUUGGGCGAGGCGGCUCCGCUCAGGUGUCCAACCCGGGGAGAGGAGGGACAUUCCGGUGGGGAGGGUGACAGGCCCUGGGGCAGGCCGCAGGCUCCCACCCCUCCCAGCAACCACCGUCCACUUAAAAUACAGAGAAUGAAGUUGGAGAACAGGUGCCGGAGGGGGUGUGUAGACCAGAGGCUGCUGGUCCCCGGCAGCCACGCAAACACACGUGGCCGGUGGCCCCGUGGGCAGGGGCUCGGCAGACUGGGGCUUUCCGGCAGCAGCCUUCCCACUCAGGGAAGCUCUGACAUCUGGCGGGGAGUCGGGUCUGCGGCCGCAGAGCUGGCCGAGGCCUGAGAAGCAGGACCUCGCGG